AACUGUCAGUGUCAAUGUCAUAGUAAUAUUAUAUAGUAUUUUACAACAAUGAACCACACACAUUACUGUAAAGCUGUAGUGAAAUAAGGUCACUUCCAACAGCCUUGCUGUUGGGCUAGCUCUUGAGUGUCUGACUACCACUCUGGAGGUCGUGGGUUCAAUCCCCGGCCUGAGCCCAGUAUUUUCACAUUAAUGGCGACGAGGCAAAAAAGAACUGUGAAUGCGGGAAUGGGUCUGAGCUGUUCAAUGGUGUCUGGGAGGGCCAUGCGGAUGCAAGACAUGCUGUAGCGGGCGUGUCUGGGCCUUGAAACAUUAAAAAGGGGGAGGAGUGUAGUGAAAUAAGGUCACUUCCAACAGCCUUGUUGUUGGGAUAGAUCUUUAGCGACGUGGUUAAAGUGUCUGACUACCACUCUGGAGGUCGUGGGUUCAAUCCCCGGCCUUAGCCAUGGAAAUAGCAACUCCAGUAAAGUCAGUGAGGGCCUGUCUAACCUGUAAUCGUUCAUCUCAAGGACAUUUAAAAAACUUAAGAAAUGUUGCUAUGCGAUCCAUACUACUGAAAAAACAGUUUGAAUGUCUGGGCUGCAAUAUUGAAGACCUUGUGAAAGUAGGACAUGAAAAUCUGUUGGUUUGUGACACAUGUUUGAAAAUAUUGGACAAACUAUCAGAAAUGAAGUUGAAUUUACAAAUGAACAUGAAAGAACUAAAGAAGAGUGAGGAUAGAACACAGAGAUUAAUUAUUCAUUCUGUUUCUCCUGUAGUUAAGAAGUUCAAGGACACAACUGUACCAGUAAAAUCUAGAAAAAGUUCAAGGGCACUUUUUAAGAUGCCAUCUCCAUCUCCAUCAAGAUGUAUUGAUUCAGUUAUUAGUCCAAAAUCAGACAGCAUUGAUCAUUCAUACUCUGGGAUACCAAGCAAAACAAAAACACAAAGCCUUGACCAUUUGUAUUCAACAACCGUAAAUCAAAAUGUAGAUCUUAAUAAUCCAUACAGUUUUCAUAAGAAGAAAAUACUGAUGCCCCCUGAAAUUAAUGCACUUGAAAUGUCCGAAGGUGUUGCAGUUUCUGAUAACCCUGUCUUGCCCAAUGGAUCUUGCAGUUCCAGAGAAAAAACAUGGCAUAGCAGCUAUGUAUGCACUUGGCAUGUACUUACGGAACAACCACAUGAUUGCCUUUCAAAAAGCUGUUGCUGCAUCAUGUAUAAGAUAUAAUGCAGGGAAUGGACUCAUGGAGUUUUAACACACUCUGGGAAUGUCAAUACCUACAAAAAGCAAGCUGCCAAUGUUGGAUGACCUUGGACAAAUAAAUGGUCAUUAUGUAGUUUCUGCUUUGGCUAAUGGGAAAACCAUCAAAAUCACAGUUGACAACAUUGAUGGGCACAUAAAAGCUUAUCAGGUCAGGCUUGGUAGUGGAAACAGAUUUUCACUACACUCAUUGGUCGAUCCUUAUCGACAGAUUUGACCCAAGAGAUCUUCAGGGACUGAGCACACAACCAAAACAGAUAACUGCCCAAGGACCUGACCCUACCAUCUUCUUCUUGUCUUCAAACGAACAUGAAGCAUUAAGGAAAAGAUGUACUCAGCUUGUCAUGCGGAUACUGGUAGAAGAAAUACAGCCAUUGUCCAUGUUUUCUACGGCAACACCUCGUCUUGUGGACCAUAAAUACAGACAAGUGGUUGAUAGACCAUCACAAGUUCAUCCAAUGUUUGUGAUGAGUUUAACAACAUGGCCAGUAUUCCCCUGGGUGGUGAUCAGCUGACACGGGUAACAUUUGAUUCGGCACGCGUUCUGAGAUCUGGUACUCACAGUCGAACAGAGAGGUUUGACCAGUUGUCUCCAGUCAUCGAAGAACUAUUUCAUGUUCAGCAAGACUUGUUAGAGAAAAUCAUCAAAACCUUCUACAUACCAGAAACAGCUCGUGAAGAGGGAUCACUUGCCCAGUACAGAGCAAUUCUUCAUAGAACAAACGUUAAUGGUCAAGUUAAGGCUAAUGGAUAUGAAUCACACAAAGACUUCCUCAUUACUGUCACUAGAGCUCUUGUGAUAGAGUUAGCUUGUGAAAGAUGGGGGGCUGAUUGCAAGACAGACAUGGGGUCUCUGGUUCCGGAAGAAGUGAAGACUUCUAAUACCAAAGGGAAGAAGCAGUGGUUACAGGAGCAAGUGACCAAAGUGGUGGAUACACUGUUCUGCCCAUACUCUGCUCCAAAAGAUGCUAAAAUAUACCUUUGGCGCAGUGGCCAUUUGUACUGUGUUACGGUGCCUUCAAAAGAUGUCGGGAAAACCAUUGAUCUUAUCAUAAAUGGUGAAGCUGUCCGCAUAAGAGUGCCUGAAGAUUGUAAAACUGACGAAGCAGAAGAUGGUGUGUUUUCAUACAGCCUUGGGAUUGUCAGAGUUGCAAUGGAUUUUAUCAUGUUCAAUGAUGCAAUAAAAUCAGGUGAUAUAGACAUGAUUACAAUUCUUAUGAAACGAUUCAUUCCACUGUUUAUAGGAUUGUCAUCCUACAAAUCAAAGUAUGCUAUUGAGUGUGUCAACUUCCUUACUAAAACUGAAUGCCUGUUGUCAGACUUUGAAAGUGCUAGAGUGAAACUGGGAUUGUUGGUCAACAGAAAAGGCCGACCGGGAAAAAACAAACCAGCAGACAUGGAACAGGAGAAUAAUAUUCGUCUUGUCAAACAUGUAAUUAGAGGACUUGGAGCCGGAAAAAGUGAUAAAGCUAUGCUAAGAAUAUCGAAAGCAGCACCUGUAAUCAGUGCAAUGGUAAAUGGACUAGAAGGAAGCAAGACACAUAAAGAUAGACACUCCAGAAAGUCAAUAUCAGAAGAUAUUUCAAGAUUAGGGGAUGCAAUUCGAAAAAUAAGGCCUUUCAACUAUCAGAAGGGUAGACAAAUGAAUCCUUUCAAGAAAAUUUCAUCAAAUGUGAUUGGUGCUGUGAACAAAGACAAAUUAAAGGACUUUAUAAUCAGGCACAGCUCCAGAGCAGUUAAUAAGCUUGCUUUUGAUGACAAUGAAGACUAAUAAGGGAUGCUGUUAAUGCCAAUAAGGACUCGUUAAAUUGAUUUUUGUAGUCAGAUCUUCCACACUUAUUUUUGCAAAAUUGAAAAAAAUGUGGGUUUUUUUGCUAUUUGCACUCAAGUUUUGUAUCCUUCUUUAACGUAAGUGCACAUGAAAAUUAAAUUGUGUAAAAAAACAACAACAUAAAAACACACACCUGAAGUCUGAGAAAUGGUUUAUGGCGCUUAAUAUUAAUGGAACAUUAAUAUUGUUUUGUAACCUUUAAAAUAAAUCAUGUGUAAAUAUUGAGCACAGACCAUCAAAAAUUUGAUUUUAGCAACCAGCAAUUCCUUCUACCAGAUGCACAAUAUUUUGAUAUUAAUUGUUUAAAGAAAUAUGUAUCAAUUGUCAAACCAUUUACAAUUUUUACAGUCUGAUUGCUAAAAUAUGUCAGAAAAAAAGUUUUAUUGCAUUUACUGGACCUAUAACCAUGGCAUCACAUAAGAAUGCAUGUUAUUACAUUUAUGUAAGAAGACAAGAAUUCUACUUUUCAUCUAACUAUAUAACAUCCAUUUUUUCUCUUCCCAAAUAUCAGAAGCAAAAACAGUGCAAACUUUCUAUGAAUAGUUGUCACCUUAUGAACUUACUCCACUGGAUAUUUUUACCCAAAAUUGUUGGAAAACAUAGUUACUAGUAUGACAUUUGUAUUAUCAGGUUAAGUAUUUUAAAAGGAGAAAUCUUUUUGUGAGGGCACAUAUGUGAAAUGGAGAGUGGUCUACUUCACUCAUAGUAAUAUGUGAUUGAUGAAGCAUACGUCAGUCUUGUUCAUGCAAUCAUUUUUAUGCCCCCGGAUCGAAUGAUCGGGGGUAUAUUGUUUUUGGCCUGUCUGUCUGUCUGUUAUUCUGUCCCAAAACUUUAACCUAAAACUUUAACGAAGGUUAAAGUUUUGCAAUAACUUUUUCAAUAUUGAAGAUACAUGUAGCAACUUGAUAUUUGGCAUGCAUGUGUACAUUUUGUAUCUCAUGGAGCUGCACAUUUUGAGUGGUGAAAGGUCAAGGUCAUCCUUCAAGGUCAAAGAUAUGGAUUCAAAGCGGCGCAAUAGGGGGCAUUGUGUUUCUGACAAACACAUCUCUUGUUUAGAUGAAAUAUGCAAACACUUCCUUAUUUUUUUUCAAUUUGUGUUAACUAUUAAAAAUUGUGUAGCUUUUAACUUGUUUUGCAUGAUUUAUUCAUUAUAAUGUUUUAAAAUAGCCACUGGUGACAAAAGUUGUGUGAGUCUUGGUUGUUCUGGUCAUGAGUGACAUGUUUAUUUUCUCAGCCAAACUGUGAGUUAUAUUUUAACGUAAUAUUAUAAAUAAAUUCGUGUUGUACUUUUCCGUGUAUAUAAUUAUAAAAACAUGUAUAUGAUAAAACUGUUAUGAUAUUGAUGAAAUUGAGGUACAAAUAGUGUUAUUAGUAAAAUUUCCUGUCUUAUUUGAAUUAUUUAAGUGAAAUUCAAUAUGUGUUACUUAGACUUUUGUCAUUCAAUCUUACAAUUGUUGCUACCUCACCUCAUGUCAACUUGUAUUAUUGAAUGUUUUUUAUUUGUGAAAGAAAAACAUGACAUAAAAUGCACAGGAUUGGAAAUCAAUUAUCUGUCAGGUUAGAUGAGCCAGAGACAUAGGUCCAUAAUACUAUCCCAUGGUUUUGCUCUUUUAAGUAUGAAACAUUUUCAGUGAAAAAAAUAUGGAUAAUGACCCUGUUUUAACUUAUUUUAAAAAUUGCUGUGCAGUUCUUACAAGUGUCAAUUCAGAGUUGUUGAGCAGAAAACUGUAUGCAGUGUCUCAAAUGAUUGUCGUCAGCUGACCAUCAUUGUCAUAAUCAUAAACCAUUUUAAAACAGUCAAGCAUUAUUGAUGUCAUUAUUGUGUUUAUCAUUAUACCUCUUUUGGACUUAUAUAUGUAUUUUAUGUAUUAAUAAACACAUAUUAUUCA